CCCUUUUUUGUGACAAAUAUCUCCAACGACAAUAAAUUAAUCCAUCUUUUUUGGUUAUAGGUAAGAGAUAGAGACAGAGAUUAAUUGUCUAUGGAAGUCUCAGGAGGAAGCAAGAGUGAUGAGAAUAACAAGAGUUGUCAGAGAGGUCACUGGAGGCUUGUAGAAGAUGAAAACCUACGGAAACUUGUUGAUCAACAUGGUCCCAAGAACUGGAAUUUCAUUGCUCAACAUUUUAAGGGACGAUCCGGGAAAAGUUGUAGAUUAAGGUGGUACAACCAAUUGGAUCCAAACAUAAACAAGAGGCCGUUUACUGAGGAAGAAGAGGGUAUGUUAUUGAAAGCUCAUGCGAUCCAAGGGAACCGAUGGGCUUCUAUCGCUAGGAAGUUCCCUGGAAGAACCGAUAACGCGGUCAAGAACCGUUUCCAUGUUAUCAUGGCUAGAUGCAAACGUGAAGGAGGUGCUUCCAACACUAACUCUACUCUUCCGAGCCUCAACAACUUGAACGUUGAGCACUGUCGUUACCGGGCUACACAUACACAUGACUCGUUCCCUUAUUGUAAUUCUCAUCUUGGAUCCUCAUCAGUCGCGAAUGAUCCCCAUGGAAGUCAUUUUGGAAACACAAGCUUGGUGGGUUUGGAGAAAAAUAAUAACUUUCGUCGGACAUCGGAUAAGAGUUCAUCCGAAGAUGGACUAACUAGCAAUCUUGCUGAUGUUGGGGGUGAGAAUGAGAACCAUAAUGUUACGUUCAUUGAUUUUCUUGGGGUUGGGUUAGAUUCUCAUUAGCUCAUAAGAACAUAUUCGUAUAGUUAGAGUUUGAAAGGUUAAUUUAUAUUAUUAUUGUUCACGUUUCAUAUUCAAAUUUUCAUCCGAUUUAUGUUUUUCCGGAUUGCUAUUUCUAUAUGUCUAAUGCAUGCUAUUAUGGUAGCUUGGACUGUAGGAAUACUCUUUUUUUUGUUUUUCCUUCUCUUAACUUGUAAUGACAGUGCAACGAAUUUCAUUGCAAAAAAAAAGUAAAUAAUAUUGAAAAGUUUGC